AUGGUACUCUCUGUCACGUCGUUGCCAGAAUUUGCACCCUCGUCAGACCUUGACCAAGCCUCGCACGUUGUCGCCUUCGCUGCCUCCCCCGUCUUAUUCUUCCCGUGCCCCCCUCCCCCCCGGCUUCCAAGGAUCCCCAAAGCAAAACCCCCCUACCACCUCUCAAUCAUCCCUGACCAGCCCUCCAAGAGCGUCUAUGUACCGGGAGCUCUCCCUUCGCGGCUUCUUUCUUCUCUGCUUCGCAUGUAUGGAUACACCACAAAGUACAUGGUCCGGAGAGAUGUACAGAGAGAAAGACAGAGACUCGUCUUCCCUCUCGCAACCAUCGACGAGACCACUGUCCCACGCCAUGCCGUCGGUGCCGACGAGACGCUAAGUCGGAUUAGCUUGGCUUUUAACCCCCCAACCAUGAUCCUAGCCAAGCCGAAAAGAUGGCGGAGACACGGGCAAGGGUCAUGGAAGACGCACCGCACGUGUGUGCGCCUAGAACGAACGGUACUUCCUACCCGUCGUGUACACUUGCAGCACUCUAUCGGUGCCCCUUCCGGCUCCCUUCCCCAAUCUAACAAGCCAAGCCAAUCCAGUCUGUUGGUCCUGUUCCUUAGUGUCUCCUUUGGGCCCCUCGGUUUAUUUCACUCGCAGCUCGUUACGAUGAGUGUGGCCGAAGGGGGGCAACUGGGUAACAGCUCCCGUGAACGUAUAUACAUUUGGGUGGUAAAUAGGAUGUACAUACCUUGA